AUUAAGUGGGGGACGGCAUUCGUUCUGAUUGGUUGUGCGGACUUACGGCGAAAUUUAUACCAGUGAGUAGUGACGAAAGCAAGCGGCUCCGCGACUGCUGCCUCGCGUUUGACGAUUGAAUUUAUGACUUUGUUACUUUCUCUUAAAUUAAAUUAGAAGCCUGUUUUGUCAUUGUUACGUCAUUUGAUAGUGUACGCAGCCAGGAUGUGUCCAAUAUGGCCAUUGCAUCUAAUAAUAUUAUACAUAGUGGCAAUUUGUCCUAUGUGGGUGUUGUGCCAAGCAGCACCGAACUACCUAGCUAAAUUCAUGUCAGAAACCGUGGAGAUUCACAUGGGCGAAUAUUAUUAUGUCAACGUUAAUGUCACAGGAUCAGAUCUGCAAAUAGGUGAUAAAAUGGAGCUAGUUACGGAUAAUGAAUACUUAGCGACAGCAGAAUGGAAUUCCACGUAUUUCCUCACAGAAGAGGACGUCAAUAGAGGUCGUUUUGAAGGCAGAUUUAGGGUAGAUGCACAUUUUCUUGGUAGAACAGAAUUAAUGGUAGAAGCAAAUCGUGGUACUGCACAGUAUUUAGCAAAUGGCUCCUUGCCAAUUACAGUGACGAGGCCUCAGCGAGUUAUUGACACAAUAUUUACAACCAGUGUUGCUGUAUUUGUUUCAUUGAUCUUCAUAAACUUUGGAUGUGCGAUGCACUGGCCCACUGUCAAGGGCGUUCUCAGGAGACCCAUCGGCCCAGCCAUCGGUAUGUGUGGACAGUUCAUCUUCAUGCCUUUGGUGUCAUUCGGUUUAGGUUUUCUUAUAUUCCCGGACUCGCCCGCUAUGCGAUUAGGAAUGUUUUUUACGGGCGUGUCUCCUGGUGGCGGAGCGUCAAAUAUAUGGACGUUUAUAUUGGGAGGAAAUCUUAAUUUAUCGCUGGCCAUGACCACCAUAUCUACCCUGGCGUCGUUUGCAUUCAUGCCAGCUUGGCUCUUCUCUCUCGGACAAAUUGUAUUCGCAAACGCAAACAUUGUGGUACCGUACGUUCGUAUAGCGACUUUCGUCGCCGGCCUCAUCAUUCCCCUAAUGAUUGGCUUGGCCAUGCAGAAGCUCACGCCACGAGUGGCAGCGUUCAUGGUCAGGAUUCUGAAAGGAUUUUCGACCACUCUACUCCUCUUCAUCAUUAUAUUCGCAAUAGUGACGAAUUUGUACAUUUUCGAACUGUUCUCUUGGGAGAUAAUAGUAGCGGGUAUGUGCAUCCCAUGGCUGGGCUAUGCCGUGGGCUACGUGGGCGCACGCUUGUUGCGACAGUCGCACGAAGACGCACUUGCCAUAUCUGUCGAGAUCGGCAUUCAGAACACCGGCAUUGCCAUCUUCCUAUUGCGAUAUGCGCUGCCUCAGCCAGAGGCUGACCUCACCACCGUGGUACCAGUGUCGGUAGCGAUCAUGACACCGGUUCCUAUGACCAUCAUCUAUAUAGUACAGAAGAUUAUGACCUGCAGGGGAUGUAAGCCGUCAGAAACCGAAAUGCCCACAAAAAAAUCUUGGAGGACGACAUCAAACCAGUUUCAGAGGCCCCUGAGCCCGGCGUUAUCUCUACCAUUGAUGUCAAAUAAACAGGAGGAGAAUUGGUCAUCUUCUUCGUAAGCUCACCGUAUACCAGUUAUUACGUUGCAAUAGAGUCUAUAAUUAUUAUUACAGACAAAAUUAUCACGUUUAAUUAUGACCAUAGACCAAAAUAUAUCAUUUACAAAAUUGAUAUAUUAAUGUGUUCUUCUCUUUUUUUAUGGAUUUAUUAUUUUACAAAGAAAUUGUCAAACUAUAAAUUGUCUGUGGUGUUGUGUGAUUUUUUUUACAAUAAUAUCAAUCUUAUUGGAGAAACUAAUUGAUUAUGAAUGGAUAAAAAUGUUUUGAAAUAUUUUAUAUGAGAAUUUAAGAAAAAAAAUUGAUGACUUGUUUGAUACGUACUAAACGUAUCGUAUACAUUUAUUUGAUAACGCGUUUAAAAAAAAUACUAUCUUUACAUAUCGUAGCAAGGCCUUCAUAUGUUUUGGCUCAGUAUUGUCUAUGGACAAAAAAAAGUCUAAUUCAAAUAUAGAAUAUCAAAAAUGUAAAAAUCUUGUAAGGAAAUUAUUUAUUUAAAUCAAAAAUUGUUACACCUUUUUAUUUAAUUAUUUGUUAAAUUUAAAAUAACACACGAGUGUAUUUUUAUCAUAAAUUAUAUUGUUUUAAUUCGAUCGUGUAUAUAUAUAUUUUAUUAUGUUAUCAGUUAUUUUAAAUAACAAGAUAUUUUGAAGAUAUUAUUGUUCACCUAUAAAAUUUUUGGUAUCUGCGUUUUAAUAUAAAAGAAAUUUAGUAUUUUUUUCUACAUUAUUAUGUUUUUUUUACAGUUUCUUGUAUUAUUAUGAAUACAUAGUCUUUUUCAAUGGUACUAAGAUGAAAAUUAAAGAUCAAAAAGCAAUUAAACCGCUCAAAAAUUACAAGUCAAUUCAAUAAAACUCGCGAAUAAACGCCUAAUUCCUAGAUACGCAAGUUUAAGUACUAAUUCACUUUUUAUGACAUCUAUUGAAAUAAACUAUGAGUGUAGAAGUAAGAUUUUUUAUCUGAUGUUUUUAAGACAGUUUUUUAAUAUACAUAUUUACAUAUGUAAGUAAUUUUUACCAAUUUAUAAGUAAAAAUGUAAAUUUUCAAUUAAGUUUAAAAUGUUUUUCUAUAGACUUCUCAAAUAAUUUAAAAAAAAAAUGGUUUUAAACUUUAAUGAUUAUUUUCUGCGGUUGUAAAGUGAUCUCUAGAAGGAUGUGUAGGAUUUUCAUAUGACUGGUUUUAGAGGUGAAACAGAUGUGAAAAGAUUGUUUAAAUAAGAAAUGAUUGUUAUGAGAUCAGUAUUUUGUUAUUGGAUGUCAUUGUAUUUAUUAUAAAAGACAAUUAUUGAAUCAGAA